AUGGCCUCAUGGUUCAACUCGACCGUCAGGCUGACGCACGUCACGCCCAUCCCCGAGGGCAUCCCGGCCGAAAAGGCCAUCUCCGUCCUCCGGGAGCACGAGUUCUUCAUCAAAUGUGACCCCCACAUGAUAUCGUACUCGUCAACUGCGCUCCCAGACCCGCCGCCCGAGGUGCCCGCCGAGCGCGAGGUCACGGUGCUCGAGGAGGCGGAGCCGGCGUGCUUCGAGGUCGUCGACCGGGUGCACACGCUGCCCGCGGGGCUGUGGGACUCGGACGUGACCAGCACGUACGAGUUCGUCGACAUCGAGAGCGGCAUGUUCGUGCGGAUCCGCAGCAGCCUCGCCGUCUGCAUCGAGUCCACCUGGGAGGUCCGCGAGAGGGAGGACGAGGAGGGCGGGCUCGAGCUGGUGGAGGACGUCAUCCUCAGCUGCCCGUAUCUGCUGGCCGGCGCGCUUCAGAGUUCCUGUGAGGAGGGGUACCCUGGCGUCCACGAGAAGAUGCUGGCUCGGUUUGGCGGCGGUCCUGAUAUCCCAUAUCCUGCGGAGAAACCGGAGGACCAACUGGUGGCCGAAUUGGAGGAGGAACCAUUGGACUAG